AAAGGGAAAAAGCGAGAAUAAUGGGAGAAACUCUGGGACAAGUGCGAAGAAGAUUGUAUUCCAUUCCAUUUUGUUACUCUCAUCAAACCCAAAAACCAAACAAGCCCUAACUAAAUUCGAGUCGGAACAUGGUGGUGGGUUUUCGAACUUCCAUCACCCCCGCCGCCGCCGCCGCCUCCGCCAACGCAAACGCCGCCGUUUCGACCGCUGCUAUCAAAUCAGCUCUCAUCCCAACUCGUCUUCUUCGUCCCUGCAAUUCUUCGAGGAGUUACAUUCACCUGUUUACAGUGUCAUGUGGCUCAAAGUUGUAUCCAGUUAAAGCUAUGGCAGAUGCUGAUACCGUUUCAAUUCCCAUGGCGGACUCUCAAGCCUCUGGCUCUGGUAGGAAACAAGCACUAAUAUCAUUGUCCGACAAGAAGGAUUUGGCUUUCCUUGGUAAUGGACUUCAGGAAUUGGGGUACACAAUUGUUUCAACUGGAGGGACAGCAUCUGCCUUGGAGAAUGCUGGUGUCUCUGUCACCAAGGUGGAACAGCUUACUGGUUUUCCAGAAAUGCUUGAUGGUCGUGUAAAGACAUUGCAUCCUAACAUACAUGGAGGUAUUCUUGCUCGAAGAGACCAAAAGCACCACGUGGAAGCUUUGAUCAAGCAUGGAAUUGGUACCUUUGAUGUAGUGGUGGUGAACUUGUAUCCCUUCUAUGACAAAGUUUCCUCUGCUGGUGGAAUAGCCUUUGAGGAUGGAAUUGAGAACAUUGAUAUCGGUGGUCCUGCCAUGAUUAGAGCUGCUGCAAAGAAUCACAGCGAUGUCUUGGUUGUGGUUGAUUCAAAAGACUAUCCUGAACUCCUAGGAUUUCUUCAACGGAAUCAGGAUGACCAGCAGUUUCGAAGGAAGCUCGCUGCCAAGGCUUUUCAACAUGUUGCUUCUUAUGAUUCUGCAGUUUCAGAGUGGCUGCGGAAGCAGACUAUUGGAGACGAUUUCCCUUCCAGCUUAACGGUGCCUCUCUCGCUCAAAUGUUCACUGCGUUACGGUGAAAAUCCUCAUCAAAAGGCAGCAUUUUAUGUUGAUAAAAGUCUAUCUGAGGUUAAUGGUGGUGGGAUUGCAACUGCUAUUCAACACCAUGGGAAGGAGAUGUCAUACAAUAACUAUUUAGAUGCUGAUGCAGCUUGGAAUUGUGUGUGCGAGUUUAAUAAACCUACUUGCGUAAUUGUAAAACACACAAAUCCCUGUGGUGUAGCUUCACGUGAUGAUAUCAUUGAAGCCUACAAAUUAUCUGUAAAAGCAGACCCAGUCAGUGCAUUUGGUGGGAUUGUUGCCUUCAACAUUGAAGUUGAUGAGGAUCUUGCAAAGGAAAUACGAGAGUUUAGAAGUCCGACAGAUGGUGAAACGCGGAUGUUCUAUGAGAUUGUGGUUGCACCUAAGUAUUCGAAAAAGGGUCUUGAGAUCCUCCGCGGAAAGUCAAAGACUUUGAGAAUCCUUGAGGCAAGCAAGAAUAAGAAAGGAAAGCUUUCUCUGAGACAAGUUGGUGGUGGUUGGCUAGCUCAGGAUUCAGAUGAUGUAACACCAGAAGAUAUAGAAUUUAAUUUAGUUUCUGAGAAGACUCCGCAAGAGAAUGAGCUUUCUGAUGCGAAAUUUGCAUGGCUAUGUGUGAAGCAUGUCAAGAGCAACGCCAUUGUAAUUGCUAAGGAAAACUGUAUGUUGGGUAUGGGAAGUGGACAACCGAAUCGCUUGGAGAGUUUGAGGAUUGCUUUAAGGAAAGCGGGAGACAAAGUCAAGGGAGCAGCUUUGGCUAGUGAUGCAUUCUUCCCAUUUGCCUGGAAAGAUGCAGUAGAAGAAGCUUGUGAAAGCGGGAUUGGUGUUAUAGCAGAGCCUGGAGGAAGCAUUAGAGAUGGAGAUGCGGUAGAUUGUUGUAAUAAGUAUGGGGUUUCGCUUCUUUUCACUAAUGUGAGGCACUUUAGGCAUUGAAGCUGAAUUACGUUCGAAAGAAGUGCUUUUGGCCAUUUUGGUUCAUCUUGUGCUGCUAUGUUGGCGUCGUGCUUCAAAGAUUGCGGAACUCGUAAGUAGGUCACAAAAAAUCUUGAGUUCAUCAUAGGUUACGUACGUAGUGGGAUCGUAUUUUUGUGUCUGAUAGAGCAACCAAUUUAGUUCAGUCGUGGUUCUCGUACAUGAGAAGAAUUUUUGGAUUGUGGUUACUUUUGGUCUUUUUGUGUCUGAGGGGUUCACUGUUGUAAGAUAAUUUUGAGUUUGUGGUGUCGUCUUUCUUGUAUUUGGUUGAAAAACUGUUUCUGGAAAAUGACUUUCUUAUAACAAUUGUUUGUUUUUCA